AUGGCAAGUCUGGCACUGGUUUUCCUUUGUCCACAGGGUUACAAAUGCAGCCCAUCAGCUCCCAGGGCACCAGUCUUUCAUGUGCACGUGCUCUGCCAGUACCCAGGGCCCGCUGCUGGGGAGUGGCUAAGGCCAAGUUUCCUGGCACUGCGAGGGUGCCAGGCAGGUGACAGACUCUCCUUUCUCCAAGCAGGCCUGGUAGCAGCCUUCAAGGUGGCCACGCCAUAUUCCCUGUACGUGUGUCCCGAGGGGCAGAACGUCACCCUCACCUGCAGGCUCUUGGGCCCUGUGUCCAAAGGGCAUGACGUGACCUUCUAUAAAACGUGGUACCGCAGCACUCGGAGUGAGGUGCAGGUGUGCUCUGAGCGCCGGCCCAUCCGCAACCUCACGUUCCAUGACCUGCACCUGUACCACGGAGGCCACCAGGUCGCCAACACUAGCCAGGACCUGGCCCGCAGCCACGGGCUGGAGUCGGCCUCUGAUCACCAUGGCAACUUCUCCAUCACCAUACACAACCUGACCGCGUGGGACGUCGGCCUGUACUGCUGCCUGGUGGUGGAGGUGCGGCAUCACCACUCGGAGCACAGGGUCCACGGGGCCAUUGAGCUGCAGGUGCAGAGAGGCAAAGACCCACCGUCCAAAUGCAUCAUGUAUCCAUCCUCCCCCGAGGAGAGUGAAAACAUCACAGCUGCGGCCCUGGCCACAGGUGCCUGCAUCGUGGGAAUCCUCUGCCUACCUCUCAUCCUGCUCCUGGUCUACAAGCAGAGGCAAGUGGCCUCGCACCGCCGUGCCCAGGAGCUGGUGCGGAUGGACAGUGCCAUCACCCAGGGAAUUGAAAACCCUGGCUUUGAGGCCUCUGCACUUCCCCAGGGGAUGCCCGAGGCCAAGGCCAGGCCCCCUCUGACCUACAUGGCCCAGCGACAGCCUUCCGAGUCUGGGCGGCACCUGCUGUCUGAGCCCAACACUCCUCUGUCUCCUCCGGGGCCUGGGGACGUCUUCUUUCCAUCCCUGGAGCCUGUCCCCGACUCCCCACAUUCUGAGGUUAUGUAAGCCAGCUUGGGGGACAGUGGGCAAGGCUGGCCGGGCGGCCCUGUGACUGGCUUCCCUGGCCUCGGCCUUUGUUUGGCCUCCACGCUCCUGCUCUGAGCCCAGACUCUGCUUUAGCCCCACUGCCUGGACUUUCUACCUUUUGGAUGCUACACGGGGGAAGGGAGAAGAUGCUGGAUCGCUCACCCCUGCCCCAAGGAUGCUGGGGUGCUCAGUCCCCUUAGGACCAGAACUUUGCCAGCUGCAGAUGCCAAAUGACCUUUAGCCCAAGAAGUCUCCAGAUUUCCAGCUCUACAGCAACCUCUCACCCUGGGACAGGAGUCUUGGGACCUGGCAGCACAGAGAGGACAAGGAAGGCACUGGGCAGGACCCCCAGUGCCACUCUCCCAAGCAUAAGACAUGGGACUAGAUGUGGAGAGAUUCCUCCCCAUUGGGAUUGGCCUGGCUGCCCUGUCCCUGGCCACGGGGGCUCCUCGAGCUGCCUCCCUCUAGCAGUCUUUGACGCUCUGCUACAGGUUAUGUAUCUGGGGCUCCUGCUGCCUGCAUUCCAGUCCCCAGAGUUCAGUGGCCAGAGGCCCUGAAGCAGGAAGUACAGAGUGGGCCCAAUGGCCCACUGUGAGCCAACUGGCAUCUUGGGCAACUUGAGGCCAGGCCAGAGAUUGUGCCACCUACUGCAGAUGGCACGGAGGAGGUGGGUGGGGCCUGCUGGGAAGGUGAGAGGAGAGGUUCCUCCUUCCAUAGCACCUGCUCCAGGGCUCAGCAUGGGCAAUAGCAAGGGUGACUGCAUAACGUCUUGUCCAUUCUAGGACACUUCUGAGUGCUAAAAGGGGUGCUAUUAAAAACUACAUCGGCAACAGGUGCAAGCCGGCAAAUGAGUUGGAGGCAACAGAUCUAUCGCUGUUCUUUGCAGAGACCAGGGAAUCCCUCUCCCCCCACACACCUUUGGGCUUCUGUUCAGCUAUCACCUCAGUGUGCCCCAUGUGGGGGGCUGAUACCAGGACAGAGAAGCAUUUGUUCCCCUUGCAGGUGUCUCCCCCGGCAGGGCGUGACCUGGGUUUGCUUUUAUAUCUCAUAAAGGGGAGCCCUUUGUGGAACUGCCAUGGAAGGGUUUAAAGCAUGGGACAGAACUGGGGUAGAGGCUGGGGAGGUGGGGUAAUUCCCCUCCAUCCCUGGAGAGUAUAGUUCCAGUGUGGGCAUGCAUGGCCCACCUGCCUCUUUGGACUCUGCAGAGGCUAAAAGCAGGACUGUGGGCCAGGACUCAGCACUAGCAUGCAGGGGGAGAAGCUUGCCAUGCCCAGGGCUGGAGGAAAGGGGUGGAAAAGGGGAGCGGCGUGGGGCUGCACAGCCACACCCCCAGGUCAGGCCCACGGGCCUAGGCCAUGGAGAGGGGCACCUGCUGUGCCUGCGGCUGGGGCCCUUGAGCAGAGAAAAAGCACAGACCUUGUGGCAGGAGCGACACAAAACCCUGGCUCCUGCUUUGUCCCCCGAGACCCUUCUUGUACUCCACCUGCUGCCACAGAUACUUCAUGCUGCGCCACAGACAGAGUGAGCUGUUCUCCCAGCUUGUGGAGGCCCUCUGGGCAGGAGUGAGGAGGUGACACCUAUUUUGUGGCAGGAUUGUGCAACCCUGGGGUCCGAGGACAAGCCACAGACCACCUCUGGUCCCCCAGCUCAGGAGUGUGACCUAUUCCCUGGGGAGGGUGGUGUGGCCCCAGACCUCAGAUGCAGAGAUUGUUUCUAUGAAUUUGGCUGUCAGACCCUGAGCCUGGCUGAUGUCAUGUGGAGAAGGGAGGUGGCCCCUGGCGGAACAGCCACCACACUUCCUGCCCUGCUUCCUCCUGUAGUCUUUUCUUCUCUGACCCUUGCAAGUGAAUGUAUCUUGGGCUUUAUGGUUUCCUGUUUUCAGUGAAAUUUACUCCGAGCUCCAGGCUCCCUCUCCAUCCAUGACCAUGGGCCCUGCCUGCUGCUACCUUAUGGACACCCUCCUUGCUGCUGCUGGGAAAGGGCAGGUCGUUGGAACAGCUCUCCAUGUCACCCAGGGGGGCAGGGCCUCUGAGAUGCCAUCCCUGGUGGUUGUGGGCUGAGGGAUGUGGGACAGAGUCAGGGGCAUGAACAUGCAGUUUCCAAGGGAGCAGGGGGAGUCCAGGGGGCCGGGAGGAAGUGUGCUGUUUAACAGGGAGACUCUACAGGUACUGGUUUCCUGGCCCUAUCGGUGGGCCUGGGAAGAACCUCUGUGCCUUUUAGGAACUCACUCAUUGUUAGAACAGGAAUCAGGAAUUGGGACUGUCUUAUACAGCUCUGGACAUUCACAUCCAGUUAAGGUGUCCUGGGGAGAAACUGAGGGGCAGGGACUGGAGGCUCCCCUGGGAGAGGUUUGCCAGCCCAGCAGUGGCUGUGAGACAUACCCUGGGGCCCCUGGUGGCUGCUGAUGGUCAGGCUGCCCCUGCCUGAUGGUGAUGGGCCCUAGGAUGGGUGUGUAGGACCCCUAGGACUGCAUCUCAAAAAGACCAGCCCUAGGACUGCCCUCACUCCUGCCUGGCUAGAACUCCCCUGCAUACAGCGCCUCAGGACCCCUGGCCUUCCUCAGAGGAUGCUCCUGAGGGGCUAGCACUGCCCCCAUCCUGGGCACCUGAGCCCUGCUUGCUGGAGGAUGGCUUUCUGGGUGUUAGCCAGAGCCCUCAUCAGCUGACCCGGCUGUGCCUGGGGCUGGGCUAAGAAUUGCUCAGGGAACCACAAUAGGCGAAAGAGGAACUGGGGUGUCUGCCAGGACGCUGGGUGCAAAGCUUUCUUGAAAAAAGAUUUGGCCCAGUGAGCGGCUGUCCCAGCCCACAGAGAUGGCUGUCUGGACACGCCUGCUUUGCAUGGUCCCUUCUCCCCCGACCCCAGCAAAUGUGUCUCCCUUCUGGGAGGAUGGGGCUGGGAGGAUGGGACUCGAUACUAGCCUGGCCUUUGGACUUGGGUGUAGAGCUGAUAACUGAUCUGUAGCCACUGGGUGAUGGGCUGAGCCAGGGGGCCAAGGCUCUGUUCCUGGAUGACUCACAGCAGCCGGGGCUGCUUCUGACCAAGGACCACCUUCUCAGGUUCCUAGGAGCUUUCUCUGGCCUGGUGGGAUCUCCUCUAUGGCAGGGAUGCCCAAAGCUUGUAUAAGCCAGGGGGAAAGAUGUUUUGUUUUAUUUCUCAAUUCUCACCUACAGGUACGGCCUCCUGAAAUAUAGACUGAGAGGAAUUCUGAGGUAUUAAUAUGGCUUAGUGAGAAAGUUCUGAGAUCAGCUAGCAAUGCCUGCCUUGGGCAUAGGAAAGGAAGUUGUGGUAUGUGUGCCACGUCUUUCAGUAUGGCUUCCAAAACUCUUUCACCUGUGUUACCCUGCCCUCAAUCCUCGGAGCCUUUAUUUUCCCCAUUUAAUGCUUUGGGAAACUAAGGUUCUGAAGGACCUGUGUUUUUCAAAACAAGUGAAUGGUGGGGUUAAUGCUUGGGUCUCCUGCAUCUCAUCUGCCUGUAUCCCUUCCCUUCUCUGAAUGACAUUUAUAGGUCAGGACCUGGCAAGGCCUUGCAGCACACACACACCAUAGCCCCAAGAGAUAAGUCUCUGCCCUUAAAUUCAUGGUUCCACCUCCUUCCACACAAAAGUGUUCCUAUUUGUGCCCUGCCUAGCCUAAGCUUUCUCACGAAUGCUGUCUCCUUCCGUAUCACUCCCUGUUGGGUGGCCAGGAAGCCACAAGACUUCUGGUUGGCACGGUGCCCACACACCCUGCUUGCUUGCCUGCUUGCAUCAAGGGAUGGGGAAGGGAGAAGCCCUCAGGGACCAGUGAGUCCCAGGGUCGCAUGGAGGAACUCAGACAUCUGAGACAUCUGAGACAUCUGCAUUUUCCAAGUAGCUGCAGGAUGUCCUACUGGAAGCAGGGUAAGGGCAAGGCUCUGGGUUGCCCAUGCCGGUGAGAAGGCCGGCUACUCUAUGUGCACACAGGCAGGGAAACUAUGAGCUCAAGCCAGGGGAAGCAGGGUUGGAAGAGCAGCAGGAGAAGGCUGAACAACGCAGAAGGUCUCUGUGCUAAGACAGGAGGUGAGCUGCCCAGGACCACGUUCCCAGAUCACAGACUAUCACAGGGCCGCCGCAGGGGCUCUGUGUACCAGCAGUGAGUAGUGGAAGCUUUUCUUUUCUUCUGCCUGGACAGAUGACCUCUGCAGGUCCCUGGCAGCCUGAGAAGCCAGCGUAUGUUAUCUGGGACUGCAUUUCCUACUGGCUUCAAUUCAUGUGGCAGGGAGGCUGUGUCAGGCCCUCCUUCCCUCCCCAGCCCCUGCAGAGAGGCCCAGCUCUGGCCUCCCUGCUGCCUCCAUGUCCUUCCUCCCUGGGCCAGCCCUUCCUCCCGCAGGGGCCUCCUUGAUGACCGCUUACACCUCGCGCUGGGUCCAGGCAUCCUGCCUUGGCUUGGAGCUCACUAGAAGGCCGGAGCAGUGCAGUGACUUCCCCUGGCCAGGGGCAUUGUGCACCAUUGUG